AUCUGUAUUGGUGUUAUGUGUAUGGAGUGGAGCAACAUGAGAGUAAAGUACGCAUGCGCAGAAUUGACAGCUAACUAGCUCAGCGUAUUUCUAAACAGCCAGCUGAUAUCAACCAGAGAACCAUAGUGGUUUGUGUUUCGGUUUUGUUUUGUGCAGCCAACCGGCAUAUUUAAAUUUACAUCGUAUGGAAGAGGCGUUAUUAGGAUUAGUUUACACAAGUAUGGCUCUUGUACCAAUAAGCUUUGACAGCUCUUCAUCUGUGUAGUUAGCAAGCUAGCUAGCUAGGUAAAGUUGAUAGCACAUUGAAUAGCAUCAACGCUAGCUAGCUAAGUCACAGCAGAUUCUUACAAGCUGGCAUCAAGGAAACGCAUAGUCAGCCAUGGGAAUACUGUUCACCAAACUAUGGAGGCUUUUUAAUCACCAAGAGCACAAAGUUAUUAUUGUGGGCCUGGACAAUGCUGGCAAGACCACAAUUCUUUACCAGUUUUCAAUGAAUGAGGUCGUACACACCUCUCCUACGAUUGGGAGCAACGUGGAGGAGAUUGUGGUCAACAACACCCAUUUCCUGAUGUGGGACAUUGGGGGCCAGGAGUCCCUUCGGUCAUCAUGGAAUACGUACUACACAAAUACAGAGUUUGUAAUUGUGGUGGUCGACAGCACAGACAGAGAAAGGAUCUCGGUGACCAAAGAGGAGCUCUACAGAAUGUUAGCACAUGAAGAUUUAAGAAAGGCAGGGCUGUUGCUCUUUGCCAACAAGCAGGAUGUGAAAGGUUGCAUGACUGUGGCUGAGAUCUCCCAGAGCCUCCAGCUUACCUCUAUCAAAGACCACCAGUGGCAUAUUCAGGCCUGCUGUGCGCUCACUGGAGAGGGGAUGUGCCAGGGUCUCGAGUGGAUGAUGUCAAGGCUGCGCGUGAGAUGAUGACUUUUGACUUUGAAGAGGAGUGCGCCAUUGCUCUGUUUCUCUGCCUCCAGACAAGAGCUUGAAAUGAGGAUGGGGGUGAGGUCUGUUGAUGGAUGGCCUUCUCCUCUUUCCUGUGGAUUUGAUGUGGGCAGUUUGCUGCCAGGACAUUGGAUUCUUCUGUGAUAAUUUAUUUUACAAAAGACUUCUGAAUCCAGAACAAAAAAAACUGACAAUUUCUGAAUGACAUCAGACAACAAAAUUAUUUAAACUGAAAUUUCUGCAUGGUUUCCUUUCAGUUAAACACAGAAGUCCGAAAAGUGUCUGAUUUCAAACUAUACAUGGACAUAUUCCUCAACUGUAUGUGAGUCUAGCCCACAGUGGCCUUGCAGUAUUGCCGUACUGGCUGUGGUGGUUUUUAUUGCCCCCCUGUGUGUACAGUCCAGUAUUCUCUAUCAACUGUUGCCUGCAGCAGAAUGUUCAAGCAGUGAUGGCUGAUGAUGGCUGAAACAUGCAAAAGGGACGGUCAAAUCACACUAUGCCCUUUUCCUUUCAGUCCCUGUGAAUAAUCAGUGAAAUAAAGUGUUUUUAUCUGUUUCAGGUGAAA